GGCCUACACUCCUCCUUCCGCAGCGAUGUUGACGGAGGCGCACCGGCAGCUGCUCCAGGCGCUGAUGGGUCUGGGCGUGGUGGAGGCGGAGCGGGCGCGGAAGCUGCAACGCCUGGCUUGCGAGGCCCACCGGGUGCCUCAGGAGCAGCUAGACACCUUCAUUGGCACCAUCAACAUGCAGCUGAGGCCACUCUCCAUGGAGAUCCGGAAGGGCCUGGCCGAGGAGGACGGGAGGCCCCACUACGCCGUGGUGAACCUGGCAGAGAAUGGGAUCACCCAGCUGGCCAGCGACUAUGCGGAAAAUGAGCUGGAGCUCUUCAAGAAGACGAUGGACCUGAUCCUCUCCUCGGAGAACGGCUUUGCAUCCUCCACGGCCAUUUUGAACCUAGCAGACCAGGUGAAGCCGAAGAAGAUGAAGAAGGUGGAGGCCGAGCAGCUAUUGCAGAGCCUGGUGCAGAGCAAGUGGCUGCAAGAGAAGGAGGGGGAGUACACGCUCUCGAUCCGCAGCAUCUUGGAGCUGGAGCAGUACAUCUUCCGCCAUUACCCGGACAUGGCCCACAAGUGCCACUUCUGCCACAGUCUCUGCAUCCAGAGCCAGAUCUGUGAGGAUUGUGGGACCGCAGUGCACCUACACUGCCUGGCCAGGUACUUCCGCACACAGGCCGAGCCCCGCUGUCCACACUGCAAGCAAUUCUGGCCUCACCGGGUGCCAGCCCAGAGCUGAGCCCACAGGACCCCAGCCGCCAGUGGGAGCCUCAACGAGGGCAGGAGGAGACCCCCAGCCUCAGACGGCUUCAAAGGGCCCAGUUGGAAUAGCCAGGGCAGUUACAGUUGUUGUAAAGUUUGUUGAAAAGGAAUAAGUUUGAAAUAGUGGGCUUUUUUAUAACUUUUGAAUUAAAACAACUUCUUGUAAAGUUUAAAAUAAAACAGUUUAUUAUAAAUUUUCAAAUAAAAAUCUGGUUUGGUUCUC